AUGUCCAAAUUGUUCUCCCCCAUCCAGGUCGGCCGCAUGCCCCUGGCCCACCGUCUCGCCAUGGCUCCCAUGACUCGAUUCCGUGUCGACGACAACCACGUCCCCCUUGACCUUGUGACGCAGCACUACGAGCAGCGUGCUGCUGUCCCCGGAACCCUCUUGAUCACGGAAGCCACCAUCAUUGCACCCAAUGCUGGCGGAUACCCCAAUGUUCCCGGCAUCUGGAACGAUGCGCAGAUUGCGCAGUGGCGCAAGGUGACCGACGCCGUCCACAAGAAGGGCUCGUACAUCUACAUGCAGCUCUGGGCCCUGGGUCGCGUCGCCAACCCGCAAUUCCUUAAGGCCAACGGCAACCAUGACGUCGUGUCUAGCAGCCCUGUUGCUCUCGACGAUGGCCCUGUUCCCCGCGAAUUGACCGAGACGGAGAUCCACCAAUACAUUGCCGACUAUGCGCAGGCAGCAAAAAAUGCCAUUGCGGCUGGAUUUGACGGUGUCGAGAUUCACGGUGCCAACGGGUACUUGAUUGAUCAGUUCACUCAGGACACCGUUAACAAGCGUACCGAUGCCUGGGGUGGAAGCGUUGAGAACCGUUCCAGAUUCGCUCUUGAGGUUAUCCGUGCUGUGUCUGAUGCUAUUGGUGCGGACCGCACUGCUAUCCGCUACAGCCCUUUCAGUACUUUCCAGGGUAUGCGCAUGGAUAAUCGCAUUGCUCAAUUCACUCACCUGGCUGAGAAGACCGCCGAGUUCAAGCUGGCCUUUGUGCAUCUUGUCGAGCCACGCAUCUCCGGAGGUGCUGAGGGGCUGGUUUCGGAGGAAGAUUCUCUGGAUUUCUUCGUUAAGGCGUACCGCGACGCUAGCCCUCUUGUUGUUGCCGGUGGCUUCAAGGCUGAUUCGGCCAAGGAGGCGGUUGAUGUGCAGUACAAGGAUCACGAGGUCCUUGUUGGAAUUGGCCGCCCCUGGACCGCGAACCCCGACCUGCCGUUCAUGAUCCAGAACAAUGUUCCUCUCCGCCCUUACCAGAGAGAGGUCUUCUACUUGCCCAAGGACCCCAAGGGUUACAUUGAUUAUGACUUCAGUGAAGAGUUCAAGGCCGUCAAGGUUGCUGCUUGA